AUCUACUCGUCGCUUGAUUUCGCCAUCUUCCCAGCACAUCUGUCAAGUUACUUAUUGCGCUGCUUGUCUGUCUGAAAUCUUGUCAGAAUUCAUCUGUGCCACUGUCUCUGGUCUUUCAGUUGCUUUUAUCUACAUCCCGUGACCAUCAACAUCAAUAAUAUGCCUACAGAGCCACCCGAAGACGUCGACUACUCUGCCGCUCUGAGCCAGGAAACCAGCCUGGAGAGCGCUGAUACGGUCUAUGUGGAGAAGGAGGUCGUUCAUAUUGAAGAAGGCGAGAUCACCUUGCAAGACAGUGCACUAGAAUCAGGCGAUUCUCUAGACAAGGAUGACAGUCUCGUCCACUGGAAUGGACCCAACGAUCCUCAGAAUCCUAUGAACUGGUCCAGUGUGCAGAAAUGGCUCACCAUCGGCUUAAUAUCCAUAAGCAGCUUCAACGUAUCCAUGGUAUCGACUGUUUUCGCUCCUGGAGUCCCAGAAGUUUUGCAGGAAUUCAAUAUCCACAACUCAUCUAUCUCAUCUCUCAUGAUCUCCAUCUACGUGAUGGGGUCUGCCAUUGGGCCUCUCGUCCUGACUCCGCUCACGGAGAUAAGCGGCAGGCUUCCUAUGACGCACAUCGCCAAUUUCCUCUUUGCAAUCGCAGCAGUUGUCUGCGCAACCAGCGUGAAUACAGGCAUGCUUAUUGCCUCGCGAUUUGUCAUGGGAAUAGCUAGUUCUGUGCCUGUGACUGUCGGCGGUGGAUUUGUUGCGGAUAUGAUGCCAAUGAAGAAGAGAGGAACCGCGAUGACCAUCUGGACCGUUGGACCACUGAUGGGUAUGGUCACAGGACCCAUCUUUGGAGGCUUCAUCGUCCAAAACGUCGGAUGGCGAUGGACCAUCUGGCUUGAAGCCAUUCUUGGCGGAGUCAUUGCCAUUGCCUCCUUGAUCUUUCUUCGUGAGACAUAUGCGCCCACACUGCUUCAGCGGAAAGCAAAGAAACUUCAGAAAGAAACUGGACGUUACUACCGAACCAAAUACGACACCGACAAGACCCUGGGCCAAAUCAUCUGGGUGUCGCUCAGCCGCCCUAUCAAAUUCCUUUGUCUAUCCCCAAUUGUCUUGAUCGUUUCUCUGUACAGCUCCGUCACCUACAGCUACAUGUAUAUUCUAUUCACAACCUUCACGGGCAUCUUUGAAAACGUCUACGGCUUUACCCCAGGCGAGGCAGGCCUCGGCUACCUGGGACUGGGUCUCGGUUUCUGCUUCGGACAAAUCACCGUGGGAUACUACUCGGAUCGCUAUCUCAAGAAGCAGGAAAAGCUUCACGGAACAAUGAAGCCGGAGGAUCGUCUCCCACCUCUGGUGCUAGGAUGUGCUCUCGUCCCUAUUGGUCUAUUCUGGUACGGCUGGGCCGCAGAAUACCGGGUGCACUGGAUUGUGCCCAUCACCGGGACCUUCUUCGUGGGUGCGGGCAUCUACUACGUUCACCUGGUGACCCAGGUCUAUCUCAUCGACUCAUAUACCCUUUACGCCGCCAGCGCGGUGUCUGCAGAGCUGGCUCUGCGGUGUAUCUUUGGGGCUACGAUUCCGCUGGCGGCUGAUCCCUUGUAUGAUGCGCUGGGACUGGGAUGGGGGAACAGCUUGCUCGGGUUCAUCGCGCUUGCUUUCGCCCCGAGCGCAUUCUUCUUACUCAAGUAUGGAGAGAGGAUCCGCACGAACCCCAAGUUCCAGCCGCGGAUG